AUGAACAAGGUUUGCAGCUGCAAAACCCAAAAUGGCCACUCCCAUGCUCAUACCCAGAAGCAGCAGCAACCUCAUGAUGAUCAAGAUCAUCGUCAAGAUGUAAACUUGUACUCCUCUUCGUCGUCGGAUCUCAAUUUAAGGAACAUUUCAAAGCUUAUCCUUCCUCCUUUGGGUGCUUCAAGCUACAACCAAUCUCCAAUUCACUCAAAUGGCUGGAUAAUCUCCCCCAUGGAUUCAAGAUACAGGUGUUGGGAGACAUUUAUGGUACUUUUGGUGGCAUACUCGGCGUGGGUUUACCCCUUUGAGGAGGCAUUUCUCAACUCCUCUUCAUACAAGCCACUAUACCUAGCAGACAACGUGGUGGAUCUAUUUUUUGCCAUCGAUAUCAUCUUGACAUUCUUCGUUGCAUAUAUUGAUCCAAGAUCUCAGUUACUUGUUCAUGACUCCAAAAAGAUCGCUAUGAGGUACCUUUCAACUUGGUUUGUGAUGGAUGUGGCAUCAACAUUGCCAUAUGAGGCACUUGGCAAAAACAAGUUGGGUGUUUCUUACUCUCUCUUAGGGUUGCUCAGAUUUUGGCGAAUAAGACGAGCAAAGCAACUCUUCACAAGACUUGAGAAGGACAUCAGGUUUAGCUAUUUUUGGGUCAGAUGCGCCAGACUUUUGUCAGUGACACUGUUUUCAGUACACUGUGCUGGAUGCCUCUACUACCUGCUAGCAGACCGAUAUCCACACCAAGGGAAGACAUGGAUUGGAGCUGUCAUUCCAAAUUUCAGAGAGACAAGCCUUCGGAUCCGAUACAUUUCUGCUAUGUACUGGUCCAUAACCACCAUGACCACUGUUGGUUAUGGCGAUAUGCAUGCAGUUAACACCAUGGAAAUGAUCUUCAUUAUUUUCUACAUGCUCUUUAACCUUGGCCUCACUGCUUACUUGAUUGGCAACAUGACAAACUUAGUAGUUGAAGGCACUCGUCGUACCAUGGAAUUUAGAAAUAGCAUUGAAGCAGCAUCAAAUUUUGUGUGCCGCAAUCGCUUGCCUCCACGGUUGAAGAACCAAAUAUUGGCUUAUAUUUGCUUGAGAUUUAAGGCUGAGAGUUUGAACCAGCAGCAUAUAAUUGAACAACUACCCAAAUCGAUCACCAAAGGCAUCUGCCAGCAUUUGUUUUUGCCAACAGUGGAGAAAGUUUAUCUUUUCAAGGGUAUCUCAAGGGAAGUACUGCUACUUCUGGUUGCAAAGAUGAAGGCAGAGUACAUACCACCUAGAGAAGAUGUUGUGCUGCAAAACGAAGUGCCGGAUGACGUUUAUAUCAUUGUUUCUGGAGAAGUGGAAAUAAUUGGUUGUGAGAUGGAGAAAGAACUAGUUGCUGGGACUUUGAAAUCUGGAGACAUGUUUGGAGAAGUUGGUGCACUUUGUUGUAGAGAAGUUGGUGCCCUCUGUUGUAGGCCUCAAAGCUUCACGUACCGAACCAAAACACUGUCACAACUCUUGAGACUAAAAACCACUGCUCUGAUUGAAGCAAUGCAGGCGAAACCAGAAGACAAACUACAAAUGCUUAAAAACUUCAAACAGCAUCACAAAAGGCUGAGGGAUCUGAAAAUUGGAGAAAUAUUGGCUGAGAGUGGAGAUGAAGAAGGUGACGCAAACAUGGCAUUCAACUUGCUGACUGUUGCCAGCAAAGGCAAUGCUGCUCUUCUUGCUGAGCUCCUCAAGGCAAAGUUGGAUCCUGACAUCGGAGACUCCAAAGGAAGAACUCCUUUGCAUGUAGCAGCAUCAAAUGGGCACGAAGAAUGUGUCUUGGUACUCCUCAAGUAUGGUUGUAACAUACACGUAAGAGACAUAAAUGGCAACACAGCUUUAUGGUAUGCUAUUGCAUCGAAGCACCAUUCCAUAUUCCGGAUUCUCUAUUACUGCGCUGCCAUAUCCAAUCCAUACACGGAUGGUGAUCUUCUAUGCACGGCUGCCAAGAGAAAUGAUAUGACUUUGAUGGAGGAACUCUUGAAGCAUGAGUUAAAUGUUGACGCAAAGAAUCAUCUUGGGAAAACAGCAGUACAAAUAGCCAUGGAAGAAAACAAUGCAGACAUGGUCAAUUUGCUAGUGAUGAAUGGAGCAGAUGUAGCCAAUACACACAACUUCUCAUUUCCUUCAGAAACCUUGACUGAAAUGCUACAAAAACGAGAGGUUGGACACCGGAUUACAGUUCCAGACACUACACUAAAUGAAGUGCCUUUGAUGAGGAAUGAUGAUGAGCAAAAUCCUGACGUGAGAAAAUCCAAUAUAGUGAACUUUCCAAGAGUGAGCAUAUAUAGAGGCCAUCCUAUAGUGAGGAGAAACACAUGUUGCAGGGAAGCUGGUAGGCUAAUUAGAUUACCUAAUUCGGUAGAGGAGCUCAAAAACAUUGCAGGUGAAAAGUUUGGAUUUGAUUCAAGAAAUGUAUUGGUAACUGAUGAUGGAGGAGCAGAAAUUGACUCCAUUGAAGUGAUCAGAGAUAAUGACAAGCUUUUCGUAUUUGAAGACCCAAAGUCUAUCAAAAGCUGA